UUCGACUUCAACCCCGUAAAUAAUACACUUGUCUGCUUCAGAUUUUUGCAGUGCUCCCGAGAAGUCACCGCAGAGAAUCCUGCAUGGAUAUCCCAAGCGGCGUGUUGACGUUGCCACCACCGCCAGUGGCUAAUGAAGAAGGAAAUUCAGAAGGCACAAGAACUGAUAAAGUCAUUCCAAUAAAGGUGAUCCAUCCAGGAUUGCUUGAGGUUGCAAUGACAGGACAUUGGACAUCUGUCCAGCAAGAGGUUUCUCAUGAUAGCAAAUCAGUGAUGGCCGAAGUUAUGACCGUAGAGGAUGGACCUGUUACUGUGCUUGAGGCUGCGGUUAUUGGCACACAUGAUCACUUGGUCGAGAACCUAGUCGAGCUCUUGCCUCCAAGAAAAGAAAAUUUAAAUUUAAAGAGGGCCCUCUGCAAUGCUGCUCGAGGUGGAAGAAUAAGGAUGGUAAAGGCAUUAAUAAGCAAAAUUGAAUUUGAAUCUGAAAGUUUAGCCCUUGCCUUAUUGACUGCGAUUUCUUGGGCUCCUAUUCAAAAGGAGGUUAUUUGGUACCUGGCGAGGAAAAUAUCCUCCCGACAUGAUGAUACUAUCAGUAAGCAUGAUGAUAUUAUCAGCAGCCUUACUCUGGCCGGUCAUAUGGACAUAGUCUUAUUUUUAGAAAACUCCCAGCAAGCGGCAAGUGAAGAUACUAAACACGAUAGAAUGUUGGCAUACUUGGUGCCUAUGUUGUCUUACUUCCGUAGUAGAGCUAGACUCAACUUUUGGGAAAACAUUAUUUACAAAAAUAUUCCUUCAUGCUUGUUCCAUACAUCAUUUGGCAAAUGUAAAGCAACGGAGUUGACCAAAGUUUCUUUCAUCAAAAGGAUUGUAGAAUCGAAGUUGAGGCAAGAAUUUGGAAAUCUAGCUCUUCUCAACAAGAUAUUUACUAUGGAUAUUCCCAAAAUACGGGAGUUUUUAUUGACUUCAAACAUUGUCAUUGACGCUGCAUCUCGUGGAAUCUCUGACUUUGUCCAAUUAUGUUUGAUGUUUUUCCCGGAGUUGAUGUGGGAAAAAAAUUUCACAAAAGAACUGAUCAAAGAAGUUGUGAAGGGACGGCAUGUCGAGUUGUUUAGACGACUGAGCGCACACAACACAACUCCAUAUUUGACUGAUGAUGAGUUGACGAGACGUAGCCUGAUGGAGGCAGUAGUAGAAUGGUCACCAAGAUGUGUAUCGGCAGAUGUUUCUGGAGCAGCUUUUCUUAUACAGAGGGAACUUCAGUGGUUUAAGGUGGUGGAAGAUAUGAGCGAUCCUUCUUUAAAACGUCUGAAGUUUAAGGUAUCGAAAGAGGAAGAUGGGAGCGAUCCUUCUUUCAAAAGUCUAAAAUUGGAAGAAACAAAAGAAAGGAGAGGGAAAACAUAUUGGGAAGUUUUUGUAGAACAACGCCAAGAUUUGCUCAAAGAGGCUGGACAAUGGAUGAAGGAUACAUCAUCAUCCUGUAGUCUCAUCUCGACUCUCAUCAUUACGGUAGCUUUUGCUGCUGCUUUUACGGCACCUGGAGGCAACGAUGACGACGGGAUCCCGAUCUUUCUAAAGAAGAGCUCGUUUAUUGUAUUUGCGAUUGCAGACGCUCUUGCUCUCUUCUCCUCUGUCACCGCCACCUUGAUGUUCUUGGCUAUCCUAACUUCACGCUAUGCCAUUGAAGAUUUUGUCCACUCGCUGCCGAGAAAAAUGAUACUAGGCCUCACUUUUCUCUUCCUCUCUUUGGCCUUUAUGAUGGUAGCGUUUGGUUCUGCUCUUACAAUGGUCUUAAACCAACGAUUAGAGUGGAUCUACAUCCCAAUUACUUUGUUUGCUGCCAUUCCUAUCAUAUUGUUUGCACUCCUACAGCUUCCCUUGUACGUUGAAAUGUUCGAAUCCACUGGCUGGCCUCCCCUCUACCGUCCCAUUAAGAUAUGGAAAUAAUCUCUACUAUUGUUAGACAAAGACAUCAUAAUGUUAUCUUUGUUAGCAUUUCUUACUGUGUGUGAUGCGAAUGUCAUGCUACACUCAUUUUAAAGACUUGAAGUGUAACAUCAAUAAUACUUGUACUAAAGUUUAACAUAUGCUGUCAAGUGCACACCUUG